AUGUUAUUGUUGUCAAAUAUAUCAGAUUUCUAUCCUCUAUUUGAGGCUCUAGAUCUGCAGGGAUUGAGAAAGCAGACGGAAAUAUAUCAGAGUCAAUUGAUCAAUAUCUGGAGUGAAAUUGUAAAGGAAAAAAGGCAGGCAAUUAGCAGUCAUAGCUCGGAUAUUUUGGAUGUCAUGAUUGAUAGUGGAUUCCCAGAUUUACAGAUCAUGAAUAUCUUAGUGACAGAAUUAGUGGGUGCGGGUUCUAACACCACAACCUCAACAAUUGAAUGGGCAAUGAUAGAGUUGCUGAGGAACAAGGGUGCUAUGCACAAAUUUCAGGCUGAGCUUACAAGUAAUUUAAGGGAAACUGAUAUAAUCACAGAAUCAAACAUCAGUGAACUUCCAUAUUUGGCUGCUAUUGUCAAGGAGACAUUGAGAAUCCAUUCACCUACUCCCUUCUUGAUUCCUCGUCGUGCUGCUCCUGAGACGUCAUACAAUCGGUUUGUUUCCCCGCUAGUACCUGAAGUAGCUGCUCGAGGUGCAACUCUGUCUGAUGGAGCAACUGAAGAAAGUUGGGCCCUAUUGCCCCCUAUUACCAUUACCUUGCAUGUUCUCAGGACACUCCCUCAUAAAAUGACCGUUCUGACCACACUUGAAACAACCAGUAGAGCCCUCACGACAAAUACCUGA